GCGGGUGCCGUCGGGUGCCGCCAUCGCGGUGUCGGCCAUGGCGCUGCCGGUGGAGGAGUGGCGGCUGUACGCCGCCCGGCGCUGGGCCUCGCUGGAGCCGCCGCUGCGGGAGCGCUUGGCGGCAGCGUCGUUGCCAGAGACGCUGCGCUUGGGCUGCGGCCUCCUGCGGCCUGAGGCGGACGCGGCGGCUUUGCGGCGCUUGUGCCGCCGGACGCGCGUAGGGAAGGAGCCGGCGGCCGCUCGCUUCUACCGUGAGGAGGGAAACCGGCUGUUCGGCCGCCGCCAGUACGCGGCCGCCUUGAGGCUCUAUUCGCAGGCGGCGUCCCACGAGCUCCCCGGCAGCCCCGAGGUCGCCGUCUGCUUUGCCAACCGCUCCGCGGCCCUCUUCCACCUCGGGCACUUUGAGGUUUGUUUGGAAGAUAUUGCCAGGGCUGAAAGUCAUGGCUACCCAGACAGGCUGCUGCCCAAGGUCUUGCUGCGGAAAGUUGAAUGUCUGCUGUGUUUGGGGAGGUUACAGGAUGCAGCAGAUACCCUCAGUAUGGUGGAGAAUAAAAUCACCAUGGAUGGGAAGGUGACUAGUCCUGCACACCAGACACUGCUGAAAAAGUUAAGUCAGCUGAAGAUUAAAUUGCACGAGAAAGAAAGUCAUCCAGAGCCUGCACAAGAGGCAUGUGGUGACAAUCAAACCCAGCUGGAGAUCUGGGAAGAGAAUGACAGUAUUUCAGGUGCAUCUUCGUCUCUGAGCUUGGAUUUUGAUAUAGAGAGAGGGCGUCACUUGGUGGCCUCCCAGGACAUCGGGCCAGGACAGAGCUUGUUGAAAGAGGAGGCCUUUGUAAGUGUGCUCUGCCCAGGGGAGAGCCUUCUUCUGCAGGACAGCAGUGGAACAGCGUGGGAUACUCGAGUCACUAAUGCAGAUCUUUAUUGCCACCAUUGUCUGAGGCAGCUCUUGGCCUCGCUGCCUUGCCGUGGUUGUAGUUACGCAAAGUACUGCAGCCAGAACUGUGCAGAUGUGGCAUGGGAGAGGUACCACAGGACAGAAUGCUCCCUGGGAGCACUGCUGCUCACUUUAGGGGUCUUUUGCCAUGUUGCCUUGAGGACUGUUCUACUGGCUGGAUUUGCAGAGGUUGGCAGGCUGGUGGAAUGGUCCCAUGAUGGGGACAAGGUCCUUGAGGCACCAGAUACAAGAGCUGAUAACAGAGGUAUCCCUGGUUGUAACAACAAUGGUCAGUACCAGAGUUGUUACCAAGCUGUCUUCAACCUUUUGCCACACACAGAGAAGCACAGCCCUGAACAUAAGUUCCUUUGCAUGCUGAGUGUGGUAGCUAUAUGCAAACAACUGCAAGAAGCUGGCCUAGAGGCUGCUGUUUUGAAUCAGGAACCAUCUGAGAAGUUGUCCAAACCAAAGACAUGUGAAAAAACAUCAGGUGAAUUGUCUCCAGAGCUGAAGACUGUGGCAGAAGCAAUGCUGAGGCAUGUGUUACAGCUGCAAUGUAAUGCACAAGCAAUCACUGUAAUGCAGGAGUUGGGGUCCGGAGAUGGUGCUGUUGUAAAGAAGAAGCCUGUGCGCCUGGCGACAGCCUUCUUUCCUGUGCUCAGCCUUCUGAACCACUCCUGCUGUCCCAAUACCAGUGUGUCAUUUAGUGGGACAGCUGCCACUGUCAGGGCAUCACAGCCAAUCCCAAGUGGCCAAGAGAUUUUCCAUUGCUAUGGUCCUCACCGGUGUAGAAUGAAGGUUGCUGAGAGGCAGCAGCUUCUCAGUCAGUAUUUCUUUGAGUGUCACUGUCAGGCAUGCCUGGAUGAGUUACAGUCUGAUGUGAGUGUGGUGUCCAUGAGAAACUCAUUCUGCUGUCCUAGCUGCCAGUCUCCAAUGCAGGGAGAAGACAUGCUUUGCUGUUCAAAUGAAGUUUGUGCAAUCUCAGUCAGCAGAGAGAACCUGUCACGUCGUUUACAGGACCUUGAGCGGCAAAUCAAGGAAGCCUUAGAGCUGCUGAGAGACAGGAAGGCUGAUCAAGCUAUCCAAAUGCUCCUGAAGUGUCAGGUGGAUGCUGGAAACUUCUUGUCUCCAGAGCAUUUACUGAUGGGAGAGAUGGAGGAUCAUCUGGCACAGGUCUAUGCUACUCUUGGAAAGUGGCAGGAAGCAGCCAGACACCUGGAGAGGAGUAUUGAGAUUGUGGAAAUGCAUCACGGGCCAUCAAGUGUAGAAACAGGUCAUGAACUUCUCAAGCUGGCACAAAUUCUCUUCAAUGGAUUCGCAGUUUCUAAAGCUCUGAGCACAAUUCAAAGAGCAGAGGAGAUUUUGUCAGUGCACUGUGGUCCCCAGAGUACUCAGAUCCAGGAACUACAAGAGAUGAAGGCCUGUCUGUCAGAGCUUCCCAGAAGCAUCCUCCAGAGGACUUAAUUUCCCUGUCAAAGGAAGCAGCAAUGUGAUCUUUCAUCAAAGCUAAGUUUCAUGUGGUAAGGUAGUCAUGUAGUACAAGCUGGAAAAUCAUGUGUAAGAACAACUUGAAUGAAACCUGAAAUGCUCUUUAGUGGCACUGUUGUAAAUAAAAUGACCAAUUCUAA